AUGGAAGUAGAAAUCAAUUCUCAAGAGAACAUAAAACCAUCUUUCCCGACGCCUCAGCAUCUUCGAGUCUUUAAGUUCUCUCUUUUAGAUCAGUACGUGCCUUCUUCAUAUGUCACACUUCUUCUGUUCUAUGAUUUCUCCAGAAAUGGUCGUCACUGCACUGACCAUGAUCUUCAUCGUCAAAAUAGUACCCUAGAACGAAUACAGCUGCUAAAGAAAUCUUUAUCAGAAACGUUAGCUCGCUUUUACCCCCUUGCUGGAAAGAUGAAAGAUGAUUUUUCCAUCGACUGCAACGACGAAGGCGCUAAUUUCUUGGAGGCUAGAGUUAACUGCACCCUCCAUCAAUUUCUUUUCAAGCCUGAUCUUCUGUUAUUGCAUAAAUUUCUUCCUUGCCAAUCCGCUCUUGUGACAGGAUUAGUUGCCGGAACCUAUGUAACCAACAUACAAGUUAAUGUAUUUGAGUGUGGAGGUAUUGCUAUUGGCAUGUCCGUUUUACACAAGAUUGUUGAUGCCGCUGCACUCAGCACCUUCCUUGAGGUGUGGGGUGCUAAUGCUCGUGACAACACCUGCAACAAGAAUAUUGAUAUUGGUGAUUUGUUAUCAGUAAGCUUUGUUUCCUCUAGUCUCUUCCCUGCCAAGGAGGACUUAUGGCUCAGAGAUUCAGCCAAUGAGAUGCGGCGUUCGUUGUUGAAGGAAGGCAAGUUUGUGACAAGGAGAUUUGUAUUUGAUGCCGCUGCAAUAGCCAACCUCAAGGACCAAGCAAGGAGCUCGACUCGAGUGGAGGCAGUUUCAGCACUGAUAUGGAAGUGCAUCAUGGCAGCAUCUCAACAAAAACAUGGAAUCCCAAGACGUUGUUUACUGAUGCACGCCGUGAACCUACGGAGAAGAACGCCACAACCUUCAUCAAAGAAUUCGUUUGGAAAUCAGGUUUGGGUAGCUAAGGCUCGAUGCAGGGCAGAUGAGGGGAGAGAGCUGGACCAGUUAGCAAGGGAGAUUAGAGUUGGAAUAUCAAAAAUCAAUGGUGAUUUUGUAAAGGAAAUAGGAAGGGAAAAAGGGAAGGAAAUGAUGUUGGAUUGUAUAAAAGAAAUAAUGGAGUAUGGCAAUCAAGACGAAGCGGAUUGUUUGGGGUUCUCCAGUUGGUGUAAGCUUGGAUUCUAUGAAGCUGAUUUUGGGUGGGGGAAACCUCUGUGGGUUAGCACCAUUGGAUUGAAAGCUCCAAUAUUUAUGAACCUUGUUAUUUUAACUGACACCAGGUUAGGUGAUGGCAUCGAAGCUUGGGUCACCUUGGAUGAAGAGGAGAUAAUAAUAUUACAUAAUGACAAUAAUCUCCUCCUCAACUAUGCCUCUUUAAAUCCUACUCCUUUGACUUAUAUUUAG